UCAGGUCCCAGUGGAACGGAAAAGAGACUGUGCCGUUUGGGAAAACUUGCCUAAAAGCAGAUCCGCUCAACUUUAAACUGAAGAGGCGAUUAAGCAGUGAUUAUUGAACCAUAAGGCUGCCAGAAUGGAAGAAUACUGCUACUACAAUGAAACCAUUGCCUUUUUUUACAACAACAGUAAAAAACCCCUAGCUCAAGAAUGGAAUGCAAUCAGCAAGCUUGUCAUGGGCCUGGGCAUCACCGUGUGCAUCUUUAUAAUGCUUGCUAACCUGCUGGUUAUGAUAGCAAUUUAUGUGAACCGCCGCUUCCAUUUUCCCAUCUAUUAUUUGAUGGCGAAUCUAGCAGCCGCGGACUUCUUUGCCGGCCUGGCCUAUUUUUACCUCAUGUUCAACACGGGACCCAACACCCGCAGGUUGACUGUCAGCACGUGGCUUCUGCGCCAGGGCCUAAUAGACACCAGCCUCACUGCCUCGGUGGCAAACCUGCUGGCCAUCGCCAUCGAGAGGCACAUCACGGUGUUCCGAAUGCAGCUGCACACCAGGAUGAGCAACCGGCGUGUCGUGGUGGUGAUUGUUGUGAUAUGGACCAUGGCCAUCAUCAUGGGGGCUAUCCCCAGCGUGGGGUGGAAUUGCAUCUGCGACAUCAAUAUCUGCUCCACCAUGGCACCGCUCUACAGCAGCUCCUACUUGGUCUUUUGGGCUAUUUUCAAUCUGGUCACCUUCGUUGUUAUGGUGGUCCUGUACGCCCACAUCUUUGUCUACGUGCGACAGAGGACUAUGAGAAUGUCUCGUCACAGUUCAGGGCCCCGCAGAAACCGUGACACCAUGAUGAGCCUGUUGAAGACGGUUGCUAUAGUCCUUGGUAAGUGA